GGGGCGAGCCGACCUCGAGCAGCCGCCGCCGCCGCCGUCGUUGCUACUGCCGCAGCGGAGUUCAGAGGGCCCGGAGGUGGGAGACUUCCCACACGGUGACUGAGAUGUCGUCCACUGCGGCUUUUUACCUUCUCUCUACGCUAGGAGGGUACUUGGUGACCUCAUUCUUGUUGCUUAAAUACCCGACCUUGCUGCACCAGAGAAAGAAGCAGCGAUUCCUCAGUAAACACAUCUCUCACCGCGGAGGUGCUGGAGAAAAUUUGGAGAAUACAAUGGCAGCCUUUCAGCAUGCGGUUAAAAUCGGAACUGAUAUGCUAGAAUUGGACUGCCAUAUCACAAAAGAUGAACAAGUUGUAGUGUCACAUGAUGAGAAUCUAAAGAGAGCAACUGGGGUCAAUGUAAACAUCUCUGAUCUCAAAUACUGUGAGCUCCCACCUUACCUUGGCAAACUGGAUGUCUCAUUUCAAAGAGCAUGCCAGUGUGAAGGAAAAGAUAACCGAAUUCCAUUACUGAAGGAAGUUUUUGAGGCCUUUCCUAACACUCCCAUUAACAUCGAUAUCAAAGUCAACAACAAUGUGCUGAUUAAGAAGGUUUCAGAGUUGGUGAAGCGGUAUAAUCGAGAACACUUAACAGUGUGGGGUAAUGCCAAUUAUGAAAUUGUAGAAAAGUGCUACAAAGAGAAUUCAGAUAUUCCUAUACUCUUCAGUCUACAACGUGUCCUGCUCAUUCUUGGCCUUUUCUUCACUGGCCUCUUGCCCUUUGUGCCCAUUCGAGAACAGUUUUUUGAAAUCCCAAUGCCUUCUAUUAUACUGAAGCUAAAAGAACCACACACCAUGUCCAGAAGUCAAAAGUUUCUCAUCUGGCUUUCUGAUCUCUUACUAAUGAGGAAAGCUUUGUUUGACCACCUAACUGCUCGAGGCAUUCAAGUGUAUAUUUGGGUAUUAAAUGAAGAACAAGAAUACAAAAGAGCUUUUGAUUUGGGAGCAACUGGGGUGAUGACAGACUAUCCAACAAAGCUUAGGGAUUUUUUACAUAACUUUGCAGCAUAGAAAAAGAGAUUACAUCUCUCAUUUGGAGUUUGGCAAUGAAACAGCUAUGAAGAAUGACUGUACUCUUCCCUUCUGUCCCUGGAUGACAUAAAUAUCAUUUGCUUUGUUGUUUAAACUGAAAUAAAGUUUUCCAAGAACAAA